AUGUCUCGCAUGAAGCUAGGUAAGAAGCUUCAACCUGCCAAGAAGGCAUGGAAUAGCUUUUCCAACACAGUCCAAUGCAAACUCCACAAACUCAACAUCCCCAAGUUCUUCAAAACAACCCUUCAACGCCUCCUUUCAGCCUUUCACUCCCUUGGCCAUCUCACGCACUCUAAACUUCAUCGCUCACUCACCUCUACAAGGCCACGUGCCACUACUUACUACCAUAUUCAACACAAGCACUGUGCAGCCAUACACAUAGAUGACCUCUUUGACAAGGCUAAUUCUGUGUCCAUGCAUGCCACCAACAGCAGAAGUGCUCAUGCACAAGGGCAAACAAGCAAAGGCAAAGAGAAAGAGGAGCAUGCCGUUUUAAAGGGUAGUUUGGUUGGUGAUUGUGGUAACCAAAGUCAGGGUAUUUUAAAGAGAAAGUUGAUUUAUGAGUGUCGCAGCCAGAAUCACAGUGAAAGUGAAACUAGUAUUAAGAGAAAUUUUAUUGGUGAUUAUCGCAACCAGAAUCAUGGUGGUGAGAGUAGUGGCUUGAACACUAUAGAGGAUGCAUGGAAGGUUGUGGUUGCUAAGUCUCCACAAAUUCAUGUGGAUCAAAAGGCAGAAGAAUUCAUAAGCAAGUUUCGUGAAGAUAUGAGGCUUCAGAAAGAGAGGUCCAUGCUUGAAUUCCAGGAGAUGCUAGCACGAAGUACCUGA